AAACAUUUCAAACCCUCUUAAUUCUCUUAUCCUCGUACAAUCAUCUCAUGCCCCCACCCUCAAGAAGAACAUUUGGGAACCAUAUUGUUUGAAAUUCUUGAGAAAAAAAAGGGGAGAGAGAGAGAGAAAAGAAAUGGUAGGAAGGAAUGUGCGUGAGCUUCCUCCUGGUUUUAGGUUCCAUCCAACUGAUGAAGAAUUAAUCAUGUGUUAUCUACGAAAUCAGGCCACCUCGAAGCCAUGCCCCGUUUCUAUUAUAUUAGAAGUUGAUAUUUACAAAUUCGAUCCAUGGGAAUUGCCUGCAAAAGCAGAAUUUGGAGAAAAUGAAUGGUAUUUCUUCACCCCACGCGAUAGGAAAUAUCCAAAUGGGGUGAGGCCAAAUAGAGCAGCCGUAUCUGGUUAUUGGAAAGCCACAGGGACUGAUAAAGCCAUUUAUAGUGGAUCAAGAAACGUUGGGGUCAAGAAAGCCCUAGUAUUUUACAAGGGCAAGCCCCCAAAGGGCGUCAAAACUGAUUGGAUUAUGCAUGAAUAUCGAUUGAAUGAAUCAAGGUCACAACCCCUAAAACAAAAUGGAUCUAUGAGGUUGGAUGAUUGGGUACUAUGCAGAAUCUACAAGAAGAAGAAUUUGGGAAGAACAACUGCACAAACUGUAGAGAAUCCAUUUCCCCAAGCUGCGACUACUGCAAAUGAUGCCACGACUGAACCACAAACACUAAAAUUUCCAAGGCCGCCUUCUCUGACUCAUCUAUGGGAACUUGAUUAUUUGGGAUCAAUUUCCCAACUUUUCAGCUACAAUUCACAUAAUGCGACUUUUAAUAACCAAGCUCCAAUGAGCAGUAAUGGAGACUUCCCAAGCACUGUAGAGAAACAUCAGUUUGGGACAGUGCAGCAACAAGUGAACCAACAGCAGCAGCAGCCAUCUUUUGUGAAUCCAGUACUGUACGAAUUGCAGGGACAAAUAUGGUCUUGAAUCAAAAUUAGCAACAUUACAACAAUUGUCAAAAUUUGUCAAUGUAUUAAGCACAAUAUCUUACAAGUCUUCUCAAAUUGAUAUCAGCAAUCACUGUAGAAAACACGCUUUAAUUUACCUAAGUAGCUCGACAUAGUUUUUAACUGCU